CCGCAGUCUGGCAGGCACAGGAUGGUGUCAUCCAGUCGUACUUGCGGUAUUAUUAUUAUUACUACUAGGUACCUACUUUUACUGCGUCGGACAACUUGAAUGCCGCCAAAAAAGUACCACUACUGAACACCAGACCGAGCAAUUCCAUCACCGUACUGAUAUCUUCCAAGACCAACCACCUUUGUCCAGUAUGGCCAACGAAACACCCGCCUACAUUUUGGCCGCACUCACGUCGAUCGGUGGAGUGACAGGUUAUGUGCGGACAGGAUCAAUCCCCAGCAUUGCCGCUGGAUUGACUGUCGGAGCUUUGUAUGGCCUCGGAGGCCUCCGCAUCUCUAAGAAACAACCCUACGGCGUCGAGCUCGCCCUGCUUGCCUCGAUUGUGCUCGCCGGCAGCAGUAUUCCUCGCGCCAUCAAGACCGGCAAGCCAUUGCCUGCAGGACUUGGUGUCCUCGCCGUCACGGGCUUGGUCAUCUAUGGCCGUGCUUUCCUAGCGAAGCAGUAGUAGCGUAUCAAUCAAUGCGCCAAAAAGGAGUUGGAAAAGAAAGGCAUUGUAUUCUAAUCCAUACACUUCAUUACUUCCUUUGGCCUAUGCUAUGCGAUGUAGCCUUGGGGAAUCACUUUUUGUCCGUGAGCAUCGUUCAAAUCGCCUCUCAAGAAAAUAACUCAUGUAUCCGUUGCGCCUGUCGCUUCGCCGCCGGUCUCAGUCUGGGCCGUGGUAUUCAGAGUUUCAUUCUCUCCC